CACCAUUAAGCCUGCCAGCGUCAUGCUUGACGACCUUGAAUGGUCGAAUCGCAUUUGAGCCCCGAACACGAAUUGAUUUACAACGACUAUACAUCCUUAUCACCGAAUACAACGCUCACCAGCCCUCCAUGGCGCGAUUAAACGACCCGCCUGCUCCAGCGGAGUCAGUAGAGAGCCUCAAAAAACGAUUCAUUCGCCAAAACCGCGAACUAGCCAAAACUAACUCCACCCAAUCCAUCCGCAUCCGCAAUCUCGAAUCCGAAACCUCGCGCCUCCUCACCGAGAACCUAUCCCUCCGCUCCCAGAUCGCGCACUUAGAAACCACCGUCUCCGACCUCCAAUCCACUACCGCCGCCACGGCUCUCCACACCACCCGCUCCCUCCUCGAAUCCAAACUCUCCGAACUCUCCAGCCUAAUCUGCACGCUCGGGCAGCCGGACCACACACGUCCUGCGCGCCGACGCUCCUCAUACAAACCGCUCGCCGAGAAACCCAGCCCCACCGCGCGGCAGCAAUGGCGCGAAGAAACGCAGAUGCCAACGAUCGUCGAGGGAAAGUAUUUUCCGCGGUGGACGAUGGAUGCGGGUGAGAUGCUGGCGCUACAGGAGCAAGAGCUGGAGAACGAGCGACAGCAGCAGCUGCAAGUGAACUUCUUGGCGGAGGGGAGCAGUCAGGAUAGUCCGGACCUGGGGCCGCCGCCGGUCGCGCAUUUUGAUGAGGUGGGGCCGAUUGGGUUUGAUCCGGGGCGGGAGGCUACGGCAGGGGUGGACGGUGCCGGGGAUGAAGAGGAGGUGAAGUUGGCGACGGGAGCAUUGGGUGUGAAUCUAGAGACGAGGAGGCGGAGGAGGGAGAGUGGGAAGAUCGAUGUGAGGAGGUUGACGGUGUUCCUGGAGAAAGAGUCGGGAGACGGAGAAAUAGGGGAGAGACGGAAGGAAGGCGAUGCGAGUGGCGCGGUACAGCAAGUGGCGAGGCCCGGGAAAAGAAAGUUUGGAUCUGGGGAUAGUGAGACGGGUUUGAAGACGAAUAACGCCUCGCAUCCAACACCAUCGCAGGACGAGUUCCGUUUCAACAGGAAGUCUCAGGCAGAUACUCCUGCAGCGCCAGAGAACAGGGAGAUUGACAGCAACGAAGACCUCGCUGUACCGCUCCGACGGGUUUUGAAGAACAAAUCCACCAACGACGACAUCAUCAACUCUCCAAAGAAACUCCGUGGUUCCAUCCUCGAAGGCAAACCUACAUCCAACCCAACCGUUCCCACCCUCACCACUCGCAAACCCGCCCUCUCUGCGCGCGAAACCGCCGCGCGCUCCCGCCUCACCCCUAAAUCGCGCGAUCCCCCCUCCCUCCCCGCCCGCCGAUCCCGCGCCCCCGACCCGUCCCAACUCGUCAUUCCCGAACCCAUCCCGCUCCCCACGACACAACCCCAGCCCUCCCCGGCCGUCACCCGCAUCGAUCCACCAACUACCCUCUCCGCACCCCUCCACUCCACCGAAAAAUCCCUCGACCCCCUCCCACCGAAAACCCCCUUCCUCCCCUCCGACCUCCUAUCCCCCCUAACCGACACCAGCGACCCCUCCGCCCGCGACACGCCUCCGCCCGGCGACCUCGGGUUCUCCUCCGCGAGCCGCCCCAGCCGACGUGCGCGCCCGCAGGUGAACUACGCGGAACCAAGCUUAAACAAGAAGAUGCGACGGGCAGGAGAGAAAGUCGACGCGGUGGCAGCGGGGGCCAAUGGGUUGCGGGACUCGAGCGCGAGCGAGAGCGAGCGGAGGUCAGUGUCGACGGAGUCGGAGCGGAAGGAGCGGAAGGUGUGCGUGAAGUGGGAGGACGAGGUGGAUGAGGGAUGGAGAGAUUUUCCGGACGUGACGGAUGCGGAUGGGGGGAAGACGAAGCUGGAGAAGCUCGCGGAGGCGGAGGCGCAAGCGGCGGUGGAGGCGGUCGAGCAGGCGACGGCGGAGUGCCGGGCGGGGAGUCCGUUGGGUCGGAAAACGGCGCCGACGCGGGGUAAGGAGCCAGGGGCGGCGAAGAUGGAGGACGGGAAGCCGUUGACGACGGUAGCUGCGGUGGUGAAUGCGGCGCGGAAACGGCGGGAGCAGGCGGCUGGUGGCAGAGGGAGUGGCGGCACGCGGCCGAGAUCAUCGCGGUUCCACUACCCGGUCGCGAGCACCAAGUCCGACGAGACAAAUGAGAGAGAGAAAGAUCCGCUCGCGGUAUUCGAGUUCACCGACUCGUCAAGCCCGCCGCGGCCGUUAGGCGCACCCGCUGCCACGCCUGGAAUCCAACCGAGUGGCUCCUCGAAAGGGCGAGUGAGUCGGCGGCAUAGUUCCAUGGCCGGCCUGUCCAACGACGCGACGAAGGGCGGGCGAUCCGAGCCGAGUCGAGCACCCAGUAGUCGGACGACGAGAGAACGACCAUCCAGCCGGACGGCGAUGAAUGAUGACGACGGGGGGAAGAUCUCGACCCGGAGACGGAGUAUGCUGUUAUGAUGAAGAAGAGCAGCUUUUUCUUUUUCGAUGUAGCGUUCGGUUUAUUAUCUAUCUUGGGGGGUUCACAUCGUUGGAUAGGGAAUUGUGGAUAUCUUUUACUCUUUUAGAGGAUGUGAAUGGUGUUGACUUGUGAAAAAUUCAUGAACUUGGGUGGUAUACUUUAUCUGUACCCGAGAAGAAACAUCAUCCAGGCUCUACUCGAUGUUUCUUGGUCGUUCAUGGCUCGGGAACUGGCAGGUCAAUGGUACAUGGUGGCUUCCCCGGGCUCCAAUCGUUCUCGUCCGGCAUUAUUCCAGCCUUCUAUAGGUCUAGACUUUCAU